AUGCCCAAGAGAAAGGCUGAAGGGGAUGCUAAAGAAGAUAAAGUCAAGGUACAAGAUGAACCACAGAGAAGAUCUGCAAGAUUAUCUGCUAAACGUGCUCCUCCAAAAUCAGAACCCAAGACUAAAAGGGGCCCUGCAAAGAAGGGAAAGAAGGUACCUAAAGGGAAAAAAGGGAAAGCUGAUACUGGCAAGGACGGGAAUAACCCUGCAGAACGUGGAGAUGCCAAAACAGACCAGGCACAGAAAGCUGCAGGUGCCAAGGUCUUCGUCUCGCCCUGGACCGCUAGCGAAGCGGUCUCCGGGACCCUGACCGGGCCCUCCCCGCGCCUAAGCCGCAAGGCCCUGCCAUCUCCCCGGGCUCGCCGCCGCGACCCCCAAAAGCGCCAGGCCCCGGCCUAG